AUGAAUGCACCUACAUCCCCAGCCGCGUCUACAUCUACACCUGGCCCUUCUGGUCCUCGUACCUCCUCGCGUUUGCGUGCAUCCAGCCAAGCCCAACAAAAUGCUCCAUUAGUAUCCACUCCGUCGUUGGCCUCAACAGCACCAGAAAAAGUUUCCACACGUUCGGGAUCGCAACGCGGAAAGCCACAACCAAAGCUCAAGCUUAAACUAAGUGAAAAGCUUGCUGCACAAGCUCCGGGGAUGUCAUUUCUAGGACAAUAUGAUAGGGAACUCGACUCUGACGAUAACGAGGAUCUAACGUUUGAGGAACAAUUUAUACUGAGGGUUCCGCCAGGGGAGGAUUGUGAUAAGUUGAGGAAAAGUGUAGCGGCGAGAGAGGUACCGGGAGACGUAUGGUUCAAAUUCAAGGACUCUCGUCGUGGUGUAUUUCACAUUGGAAAUAAUACGUACUCUUCGAAGCUUGUCGAUAUGCCUUGUAUAAUGGAGUCUCAGAAGACUCUGGAUAACAAGCAGAUGUUCAAAGUAGCAGACAUAUGUCAGAUGCUUGUAGUCGAGAACCGUAUCGACAAUGAAGACGUUGUAACUCGUGAAAAGAGCCUCAACAUCGACGAUUUCAUUUGGCCGCACGGAAUUACACCUCCUCUUGCUCAUGUACGGAAGAGACGAUUCAGGAAGAGGAUUAAUAAACGCACCAUUGAAACCGUUGAACAAGAAGUGGAAAGACUACUUGAAGAAGAUAAUCUGGCAAAAGAAAUUAAAUAUGAAAUCCUUGAAAACGUCAACCCCGACCUAUCCGACUCCGAAUUUCUUGAACGCGAAGAACCCAUUGAUGCACCUACCCCCGCAAUAUCCGACUUGGGUGACCCCUCUACACCUAGUGUCAUCCCUGGUGACGACGGCGAAGACGAUGAGGAAGGAGAUGAAGAACCAGAAGGCGAUAUUGACGAAGAGUUGGCAGCUGAACUUGAUUUGGCUUUGGGUGAUGAAGACGAAGAUGGGGAUGAUGAGGAAGAGGAAGAUAGCGAUGAGGAUGAUGAGGAUGAUGACGACGACGACGAGAUAUCGCAGGCCAGGAAAUUGCUUAAUGAGGAGAUUCGGGAUUUGCAGGCUGCGGUGGCUAAGAAGGGUAGCGAGAUUGCUAGUUCUGCUAAUCCUCUUAUCAGGAAACGGUUCGAGGAUGCACUGAAGAAACUGACGUCGGACCUUGAAAUGAAACUCGCACAAAGAGACGAGCUGCAAGAGAAACAGAGGAUGGAGGAUGAAGGGAUCGUGGUUAAUAACGUUGGUGGUGGCGGGGAUUCGGACUUCGAGGAAGUCGAAGUCGAUGGUAUAGCUGGAGGUGUUCUUGGCAGUGUCGUAGGUGGUAGCGGGCAACUUGGGCAACUCGGUCCAGAGGACGAUGAUCUUUUCGGUGAUGAAGAUGCAACGAUGGAUAUGACUUAG